UGGUAAUUAUAGAACCCUAAUACACUUCGGGGUAGUAAAUAGGCUAUCGAUAAUGCCCCAUUAGCGGGGCUUAGGGCUGGCGGGGUCCUGUACCUAGGUACUUUAGCUCAACAUCAAGCCGCGCCAGAUCUACAUAGACUUAACAUCUCGCUUCAACUUCUCACUCCUCCGUUAAUAGACUCUUAAGAGCCAUCCUAACUUUCUCCCUCACCAUACACCCCUCCCUACACCACAAGCCUCACGAUCGAAUCGAAGAUGUCUGCUCCAGCAAAAUCCACACCCCUCGCAACCUCAACACCGUCCUCCACCACACCCAUCCCAACCAAACCCCCCUCCUCCGAACCCCCAACCUUCGACUUCCCCCGCGAAUACCACUUCCCACCGUUCUUCACGCUCCAAACCAACCACGCAACCCUACGCUCGCAACAAGAAAAAUGGUCCUCCCUAAUCCUCUCCUACUGCCGCUACCACCGCAUCUACCGCAUCACCCUCUCCUACACGGAUACCGCGCACGAGGACCUAUUCCACAACCGACGAUUAUCACGUUCCUUACGAUUAUCCGACGCGCGCGAGAUAUUGAAGUUUAUGCAAAAAGAAGGACGAGCUGAACCCGUGGAUAGUGGAAGUAAUAGUAGUAGUGGAGGCGGAGGCGGGGAAUUAUUCUGGAUAUACUGGCGCACGCCCGAAGAAUGGGCAGCGAUGGUGGAGGAGUGGGUUGAGGAGACGGCGCAGAAGGGUGCGGUGUUGACGUUGUAUGAAUUGACGGAGGGCGAGGGGACUAGAGGGACUGAAUUCCACGGCCUCGAUCCCGAACUCCUCCAAAAAGCACUACAAGUCCUAGUCAAACGAGGCAAAGCACAAAUAUUUGGACAGGAAGAUCAACAAGGAAUUAAGUUCUUCUGAGAUCAAAUUUUACGUUUUGGUUCCCAAUGUGCUCGUGCGUACAGCUCGGAAAAUAUUUACAAAGAAUCGCAAGCAGCACUGC